AUGAAGCUCAUUAUUGCAUCCAUUGCAUCUGCCUCUGCAUACUCGACCUCAUACGCUAGUGCCGACUACGUCGAUAAUGAUUUUCCAGCGGAUGCAACGUGCGGCGGAAUAAUCACCGGGUCACAGCUACUCCUCCCUCCUCAGGAUGAAAAUGGUUUCUACUACAAAAACAUGAACUGCGUCUGGAAAAUCCAAUUCCCAGAAUCGGUCACCAGCUUCCACAUCUUUCCCAAUAAGUUCGCCGUCGAGAAGUGCGAUGAAUGCCUUUGUGACGCGGUCAUCCUCGACGAUGGCGCUGGAAACCAAUCGAGCUACUGCGGCUGGGCAUCGCGACGAAGGCGAGAGGCUGAGACCGCUCUCGGUCUGGAAUCUCGCACCUCCCCUCCUAACCACAGUAAAAGUGGCAUGCCUGCGCAGACUAUCAACGGAAACACCGGAUCUAUCAGCUUUGUCUCCGAUGACUCAUACGCUAUGAGGGGUUUCGAAAUCUGCAUUUACGCUGAUGGAGAUGAUAUGGCCACGGUCUGCAUCCCACCUGCACCAGCGGCUCCAGCUACUCUUUCUCCAGCCGAAGCUUGGGGCCAGAUCGAAGCCGCUGCUGCUGCUUUGGGCACCGUCGUCAACGACUUCUACGCCGCUCUCCCUGGCCUAGGUGCCAACUCGGUCCUUGCAUCCAAGAAGCUUGCUCGAUUCAACGAUUUCUUCGCCAAGAUGCAAAAGCUCAACUCCUUCUCUUCCGCCGAUGCCUGCAACUUCCCUGCUGGCUCGAACGAUCACUCAACUUUCGUCUCACCUAUCGACUCUGCCGACGGUUGCGUGGAAUUGCAAGGCCUUUUCGCCUCUCUCGCGUCCUUCACCGACUCCUACGUCUGCAUGCCCGACGCCGAAUACAAUCCAAUCAAAUUGACCAGACUCAUACAGCGGCAGCAUAACCAGAUCGUCACCCGAAAGCUCAAGCAGAUGAACUGCGGAAACUAA